ACAGCUCCACCCAGCUGGCCUUAUUCCCAGACUCAGCUGUCCAGGGCCGGGGAGAACCCGAGCUCCGAGCGCAGAGAGGCUGGCAGAGCAGGAGCGGCGCGCGGCGGAGUCCUCCUGCGGUGAGGACAGAUGUGCCCAAGCAUAGGAGUGCUCCAACCUGAGCUGGGGUGAAGCUUCUGGAGAGGGCAAGCCGGCGUCCGCGAGAUGCAGGCGGAGGAGCCCUGCGCCCCGAGGGCUCCCCGCAGCCCCGACGCCCGGCAGAGAGGUCAGCGGGCACGGAACCCGGAGCUGCGCCUGUCGGGUCAGCUGCUGCCCGAGCUCUACGGCUUCGUGGCGCGCGUGCUCUUCUACCUGGCGCCGGUCUACCUGGCAGGCUACCUGGGGCUCAGCGUCACCUGGCUGCUGCUUGGCGCCCUGCUCUGGAUGUGGUGGCGCCGGAACCGCCGCGGGAAGCUGGGGCGCCUGGAGGCCGCCUUCGAAUUCCUAGAGCACGAGCGCGAGUUCAUCAGCCGCGAGCUGCGGGGUCAGCACCUGCCGGCCUGGAUACACUUCCCAGAUGUGGAGCGUGUGGAGUGGGCCAAUAAGAUCAUCACGCAGAUCUGGCCCUACCUGAGCAUGAUCAUGGAGAACAAGAUCCGGGAGAAGCUAGAGCCCAAGAUCCGAGAGAAGAGUGUCCACCUCAGGACCUUCACCUUCACCAAGCUCUACUUUGGACAGAAGUGCCCCAAGGUGAACGGCGUCAAGGCACACACGGACAAAUGCAACCGGAGGAAAGUGACCCUGGACCUGCAGAUCUGCUACAUUGGGGACUGUGAGAUCAGCGUGGAGCUUCAGAAGAUCCGCGCAGGUGUGAACGGCAUCCAGUUGCAGGGCACCCUGCGUAUCAUCCUGGAGCCCCUGCUGGUGGACAAGCCCUUUGUGGGAGCUGUGACCAUAUUCUUCCUUCAAAAGCCGCACCUGCAGAUCAACUGGACAGGCUUGACCAACCUGCUGGACAUGCCAGGUAUCAAUGAGGUAUCAGACAGCCUGCUGGAAGACCUCAUCGCUGCCCACCUGGUGCUGCCCAACCGUGUGACUGUGCCUGUGAAGAAGGGGCUGGAUGUAACCAACCUGCGCUUCCCUCUGCCCUGUGGGGUGAUCAGAGUCCAUCUGCUGGAGGCCGAGAAGCUGGCCCAAAAGGACAACUUCCUGGGGCUGGGAGGCAAGUCAGACCCGUACGCCAAGGUGAGCAUCGGCCUGCAGCACUGCCAGAGCCGGACCAUCUACAAGAACCUGAACCCCACCUGGAAUGAAGUGUUUGAGUUCAUGGUGUACGAAGUGCCUGGCCAGGACCUGGAGGUGGACCUGUAUGAUGAGGACACUGACAAGGAUGACUUCCUGGGCAGCUUGCAGAUCUGCCUUGGAGAUGUCAUGACCAACAGAGUGGUGGAUGAGUGGUUUGUCCUGAACGACACAACCAGCGGGAGGCUGCACCUGCGCUUGGAGUGGCUCUCACUGCUCACGGACCAGGAAGCGAUGAUGGAGGACCAUGGCGGCAACUCCACUGCCAUCCUUGUGGUCUACUUAGAGAAUGCCUGCAACCUGCCGAGAAACCCCUUUGACUACCUGAAUGGUGAAUACAGAGCCAAAAAACUCUCCAGGUUUGCCAAGAAUAAGGCCAGCAGAGACCCUUCUUCAUAUGUCAAGCUAUCUGUAGGCAAGAAGACCUUUACAAGUAAGACCUGUCCCCACAGCAAGGACCCUGUAUGGAACCAGGUGUUCUCCUUCUUUGUGCACAGCGUGGAAGCCGAGCAGCUCUGCCUGAAGGUGCUGGAUGAUGACCUGGAGUGUGCUCUGGGAGUGUUGGAGUUUCCUCUGUGCCAGAUCCUGCCCUGUGCUGACCUCACCCUCGAGCAGCGCUUCCAGCUGGAUCACUCGGGCCUGGACAGCCUCAUCUCCAUGAGGCUGGUGCUUCGGUUCUUACGUGUGGAGGAGCGAGAACUGGGAAGCCCAUAUACUGGACCUGAUGCUGUAAAGAAAGGCCCGCUGUUCAUCAAGAAGGUGGCCACCCACCAGGAUCCCAAGGCCCCAGCCCAGGGAGAAGGCCUUGCAGAUGUGACAUGUGCCUCGGACCUCGCCUCUGACAUCAAGGGAGCCUCCAAGAGCCCUGAUACCACCAGUACUGCCACCACAGCCAAUGAGCCUGAGCCCCAAGAGACAGGCCUGGAGUCCAAAGGCAAGGACAGUGCCAAAGGACUCUGUGAGUCCAUGGGGAAGAAGAGGACCCCAGCUACCAUCUUCCUGACUGUCCCAGGCCCCCACUCUCCAGGGCCCAUCAAGUCACCCAGACCCAUGAGCCGCCCUGCCUUCCCAUUCGCAUGGCCACCAACAAGGCUGGCUCCCAGCAUGUCCUCACUCAACUCCCUGGCCUCUUCCUGCUUUGACAUGACAGAUGUCAGCUUCAACAUUGAAGAUGGGGAUCCUAAGCAGCGACGGCUGGGUGAGAUUCAGCUCACAGUGCGCUAUGUGUGUCUUCGACACUGUCUCAGGGUGCUGAUCAACAGGUGCAGAAACCUGACACGCUGUACCAGCAGUGGAGCUGAUCCUUAUGUUCGAAUCUACCUAUUGCCAGAAAGGAGGUGGGCAAGUCGGAAGAAGACCUCAGUAAAGCGGAAGACGCUGGAGCCUCUAUUUGAUGAGACAUUUGAAUUUUUUGUUCCCAUGGAAGAAGCACAGAAGAGGUCACUGGAUGUUGCAGUGAAAAACAGUAGGCCUCUUGGCUCACACAGAAGAAAGGAGUUGGGGAAAGUGCUGAUCGACUUAUCAAAAGAAGAUCUGAUUAAGGGCUUUUCACAGUGGUAUGAGCUGACUCCAGAUGGACAGCCCAGAAGCUGACGAUGAGCUGUUAUCACCAAUAUGUUAGAGAGUGUAUGUGUGUAUUUUGUUAUUGAAAUAAGAACAUACAUUUGAUGGGAGUGUAUGUUGUAUGGACUGCAUGACUGGGUAGUAAAGCGGGGAUCAUGUAAAAGUAAGAACUAUUUCUGUUAAUUUGAUUAGUUCAAAUCCAAAAAGAAAUCAUGGUAUUUGUAUCUAAUGAGGUACCAAAACCUCAGUAGUGACUGACUUUUCACCUUGAUAAGUAAUUGUUCACAUCUCAUUUAGAACUUGCCAGAAGGUAUGCAAGAAAAAUGCCGUCUCCAUCCCAGGGUUGGGGUAGUUGUUCUUAGAGCAUCUUAGAGCAUCCUGGGCAGUUCUGACCAAAGGGGGGCACUUUUUUGUGGAAAUAAAAAGUGACCAAAUUCAAAACUGCCCAGAUUUAACACUGCCAAAGCCCUUCUAGCUGCUGCCUGUGAUGUUUGUAAGCCUAGACAGUUGCCCCUGGUUCUGACUUGAAGCUACAGUGUAUUUUCUAGGGGCAACAAUGUUAGAGUGAUAUCCUUAAGUAUCCCAAGUUAAAUAUUCUGGGAAGGCCUAGGGACAAACCUCUGGGGAAUUGAAGCCUAGCGACAAACCCAGGUCUACAUCUGAACUCUGGGUGCUGCAGGCCGCAGAACAGUCAAUUUCUAGGAGAAAAGGGGGCUUUCUGUAUUUACCUUAGACAACUUUGAACUUAGACCUGCUGUUCUAAGAGAUGGCUGGGUCGUCCAAAUAUACAUGUUAAAAGGAAAAUAUGUAAAUCGAAUAUUUAAAAAGUGCCUUUUACACAUUUCAGUUUGUAAGAGCAGACUUUUGUUCUCUGUUUCUUGGGUGAUUGUCAAGGUCACGCCCUCAUCUUUCACUGACUCAGGCAACACUCCCUGCCGCUUCCUGUUGUCUUCAAUGAUGUGUUUCUUUUCUAUUUAUUAUUAUUCUGAGUACGAUGUAAGCAGGGGGCGCACAUGGAUCUCGGCACACGUGUGGUGGUUAUAGGAAACUGUGACAGAGUUGGUUCUAACACCUUCACAGAGUCAUCUCACAGGCUCUUCUCUGACGAUCUAAAGAACAGCAACAGAGCAGGGUAUGGUGGUGCAUGCCUUUCGUCCCAGCAUUGGGAGGCAGAGGCAGGUGGACCUCCGUGAGUUUAAGGCCAGC